ACUGACCUUGGCUUAUUUAAUGUAGGUCAACUGCUGCCCUCUUUUUUUUGUUGUAUAUAUAUAUAUGUACAUGUGUUGCAUAUCAAGAUAUUCAUCAUUAUGGAGUGCACACUUCAAGAAAAUACUCAUUUUCAAGCCCCAGAAAUGUCAACCAAUCGACAAUCCACAGACAACACUCGAGCAAAAUAUAUGUUGAAGUUGAAGGAGAAUUUGAUUUUCAGAUCAAAAUGGGCUGAACUAAAUGGUGCAAUGGGGGAUUUAGGCACGUAUAUACCUAUAGUCUUGGCUUUAACACUAGCCAGUGACUUAAAUCUUGGUACAACAUUAAUAUUCACCGGUGUUUACAAUUUUGUGACUGGUGCUAUUUAUGGUGUACCAAUGCCAGUCCAGCCUAUGAAAUCUAUUGCAGCUGUUGCAAUUAGUAAUCCUGAUUUUGGCAUACCAGAAGUAAUGGCUGCUGGAAUUUGCACUGCUGGGAUUUUAUUCCUUUUAGGUCUUACUGGAUUAAUGCAACUUGUUUAUAGGUUAAUUCCUAUUUCUGUUGUUAGGGGAAUUCAACUAGCACAAGGACUGUCAUUUGCUAUGACUGCUGUUAAGUACAUACAAAAUGUUCAAGACUUUGCCAAGUCGAAAAAGACAAGUCCGAAGAGGGAUUGGCUCGGGUUGGAUGGGUUGUUGUUGGCUUUAAUUUGUGCUAUUUUUAUUAUAAUUGUGAAUGGGGCAGGUGAAGAUCAGAAUGAAAUCAUUUGUGAAACAGGUAAUGAUAAUAGGAGGAAAAGGUUAAAGAAAAUAAUUUUUUCUCUUCCUUCAGCUUUUUUGAUCUUUUUAUUAGGUGUUGUUUUGGCUAUUAUAAGAGGGCCUAAAGCUGUGAAAGGGUUUAAGUUUGGACCAUCACCUAUUGAAAUUGUGAAAAUAUCCAAAAAUUCUUGGAAACAAGGGUUUAUUAAGGGUACAAUUCCUCAACUCCCUUUAUCUAUAUUAAACUCUGUUAUAGCUGUGUGUAAACUGUCAACAGAUCUCUUUCCAGAAAAGGAAAUGACUGCUACCUCGGUGUCGGUGACGGUCGGGUUGAUGAACUUAAUAGGGUGUUGGUUUGGUGCAAUGCCUUGUUGUCAUGGUGCAGGAGGGCUAGCAGGGCAAUACAAAUUUGGUGGUAGGAGUGGUGGGUGUGUGGCACUUCUUGGUGUGGCUAAGUUGGUUUUGGGGCUGGUUUUAGGGAGUUCAAUGGUUAAGGUUUUGACCCAAUUUCCUGUUGGGGUAUUAGGUGUUCUUUUGUUGUUUGCUGGAAUUGAAUUAGCUAUGUGUUCAAGAGAUAUGAAUUCUAAGGAAGAGUCUUUUGUUAUGCUUCUUUGCACAGCAGUUUCAUUGGUUGGGUCAAGUGCUGCAUUGGGAUUUUUGUGUGGGAUUGUGGUUCAUUUGUUUCUUAAGAUGAGGAAUAUGGGUGAUGGUCAUUCUUCUUGUGGACUUUGGUUUAGUAGAAACCCAUAACACAGACAGUCCGGUGGACAAAAUAUUCUGCUUUCAUGCAUGGUCCAGGAAGGGCCUACGUUAAUGCAAGCAGUAGAAAGCUAUAGCAACUUUGCAAGUUUGUGUUGUGCAUCUUCUUGUAACUAAAUAAGUUUGUGUGAUUGAAAGUGGAGACUAUCGUCUCACAAUAUUAUUUUUACUAGCACAAUUAAUAGGGGUAUGUUUUCAAUUAUUCAAUUUGGUUUUGCA